AUGCUUCAACAAGGGGAAAUCAGUGCUGUGACGGACGAUUUACUGUUAAAAUUUAAGCCAUUUAGUGGGGACCAGUUUAAUGAGAAAGAGAUUACUUCUAAUGAUGUCAUAAAGUUGCUUGAUAAUAUUGAAAAUGCUCUUCCGAAAUGGACCUGUUGGGAUAGUUAUAACAUACCUCCACCAAUUUUGUUCAUUGAUGAAGCAAACAUGUUUAGCCAACUUGGGAGUUCAAAAGAGAGAGAAGUUCUUCUCAAAUCAAUCCUGAACUGGGUGGUAGUAAAUACAAAAGAAAAAAGUCGAUUUCAUGUGGUGCUUACCUCUUCCGAUUCAUUCUUUUUUAACUGGAUCGUAAAACGUAAGUCAAUUUUAUAUUUGGUUGCAAAGAAAGGUCCACCAUUCUCUUACAUUUGUUGCCCAAUAGUUUUGCAUAUCCCACAUGCAACCCCGUAUGUUGUUGGAGAUUUGAGUAGGGAAGAAGCUGAAGAAUAUUUUUUGAAAUGCAUAAUGACAAGUACACGAAUACUCAUUAUUGAUAUGUAUGUCAAAGAACACAAAAAUUACGAAGGAAAGCUUGAAGAUUAUGACUUUUCAGUUUACGAAUCAGAAUAUAAUAGAUUGAUAUGUGUGAAGGCAGAGGAUCAAGAAUUCGUUUUAGAAAAUGACUUAAUUGAAGCAAUUGGUCCUGAUCAAGUUAAUUCACUUAUAUAUCAUAAUUAUUUGCAUCGUCGACCAACCAGGCGAUUUGCCAACGACAUCAUUGGUCCACCGGCUGGAGAAGUGAUUCUUACUGCGAUGAACUAG